AUGGACGGGCGAAUGCGAUGCGCGGCGACGUGCUUUCCAGCCGGAAACACAUCAAUUUCGCCGACAACGUUGGAACGAAUGGGUGCUUUCGGCACGGUAGAACUCGAUCAUGAACCAGCCUCUGGGAAUGAGCAACGACAUAUUUCACGACCAACUGAACUAUGGCGACCACCAACCGUUCAAAGGGUGAUCUUGCCGGAAAUUAAUCAACAGCAAGAUCCACGGGCAUCGAUAACUACACAUGGUAGCAAUAAUAAACCGACAAUGUAUGCGCAUCAGCAGCAAACUUCGCCUCUUCUCAGGAAUACGAAUGCUCCAUCAACGUGGAAUGGUAGCACAACAAGUACGAGAAGAAAAUACAAUAAUUUGUCCGAUGUCGUCACAUUAUCCGGUAAUUCAGCUGAUUUGGCGCGAAAUCUCGGUGACUACAUUAACGAUAGAAUUCCGUAUGGUCUAAGCAUAGCCACACUUAUUAUCCUAUCGAUACUAGCAUUCGUACUAACGUUAAUAGGUGUCUUCAAUAUUCCAUUCUGCCGAGUACAGCCUAUGAUACCGAUAUGGCUUUCGAUCAGCGGAAUUCUAUUCAUCAUAAGCGCUACUCUUCGCAUUUAUCGCCUUAUUCCUACACCAAAUGAUCGAUCACGCAGUUUGUCGCUUGACUUGUGCUGCCGUGGCACAGAAGGGCUUUUCCUUGUGGUGAACGCGGUCUGGCUCACGCUUGGUUGCAUUUGGGUUUACGGUAGCAAACCUUACGUUCAUUUUGAGGAGCACAUGUUUGAGCAACAUUACUGCGAUUGGAUGCUUUACUGGACUGCAUUUUGGACGUGUACAAUAAGUUUGAUAAUGGUAUGCGUCGUCAUCGUUCUAUUAAUAUUCAUCAUGGUCAUGGUCUCGUCAAAGGAAGUGAGGGAAAACGAAAGGUGA